AUGCCAAAGUAUAUUCGUGGCGACGAUAGUAGUAAUGGCACGCGAAGCGGCAGUGGCGCGGUGGGUGGUUCUAGGGCUGGCGGACCGUAUAGAAGUAGUGGAGCACAUAUUGGGAUCAGGAGUAGGGAACAGAGUGAAGACGAAGAUGGAGAGGCUGGUACUGAUGCCGGAUUCUUGGGACUGGACGAUGGCGAUAUCAAUGUAAAUAUGAUCAGCAGUAAUAGUGAUGUGGGUGAUUCGUUUACUGGUGGAAGUGGUACCAAUAGUCAUGCUGACAUAGCCGGAAGUGGAAGAGUGGGUUCAGGUGGUGGUUCCAGUACUAGUACGAUAGGAAAGAAGAAACAUGGUGUUUUAGAGAGUGUUCAGCUUCAUGAUAACAAUGAUAAUUUCGACGAAGACGAUGCACUUUUGAAUGAACCUCCACAGGAUAUCACUGUAGAAGGAACUGCCAUCAGGGACGACAGACAGACUAGCGGUAGAAUAGUUACCAACCUGAAUAGCAAGAACAUCAAAAAUGGUGCUGCGAGAAAGACCAACAAAAAUAUUGAUCAUAAUACCGGAAAAGACAGAACGCAAAGGAGUGACUUUGUCCAAGGAGAUACAAACAAUUAUGAUGACGCAAAUAUAGACGAAGAGCGCCAGAUUGGCAUGCGUGUUUUCAUUCCACCAGACUUCCUGCCGAAUGGUGGUCAUUACGAUGACUAUGAUAGUGCUGGUCCUGGUAUCAAUGACGGAAUAGGGAUACAGACAACACAAGCUGGUGUGGCUCUUCCCGAUAUCCCACUUCACGAUACUUCGAGCGUCAAAUUUGAUGCCAUAUGGGCUAAUAUAUAUCUGGGAUUCGUAUCGAUGGUGUUGGCCACUUCAUUAAUGAUCUGGCUCACCACUUCCAUUCCAAGCUCGAAACCCCUAGGUGACACCAUUUAUACAAUUCUCCAGUCAUCUCGUGGGCUCUUAUUUAUUUACACUCUAUCAGCCAUCAUACUGUCGGUUGUAUGGGUAUAUUUUAUGAAACGCUAUGCUUCAAUGUCGGUAUGGAGUCUAGUGGUAAUUGUUCCUUUGGGUCUGGUUGGUCUAACCAUCUACCCAUUUGUCAUGUCGUUCAAGGGCACUACUGGUUCUUCUCAAAGUAGUGCGAUGAGGUGGACGAGUUUUGUUCCACUGAUUCUCGGUAGUUUGUGGGUCUAUAUGUUAUACAAGGGCCGACACGCUUUAGGGAGGAGUCUGGGAAUAAUCAAUCUAGCAUGCUCCAUUCUCGGUGAAAAUAAGCCGUUGAUGCUUUUAAGUGUAGGAAUCGUAUUCGUCUUUUCACUUAUAUCGAUUCUGUGGAUUGCGCUAUUCUCAAGGCUGUUUUUACAAGGACAUACAAUAAUUGACCAUGGUAAGUCGACUUGGGUACUUGAUCCUAAAUCGUGGCUUCUCGGUGCUGCAUAUAUACUCAUGUACCUGUGGACAUGGGGGGUUAUGUCAGGUAUCCAUCGCAGUACUAUUUCGGCGACUGUAGCGCAGUGGUAUUUCCACCGUCAUAAGCCUUAUUCACUUGCUUCCGCCUCAUCGACUCGUAUUGUACAGGCAAGUUUGCAAUACUCUGUAAAUGCGCAACUUGGUACAAUCUGCUUUUCCUCAUUUCUAGUACUCUUAGUAAGACUGCCUAUUCUUGUGUUGCCUUCUCGUUUAUCUUCAGGAUUGCAGAUGGUUGUGUACACUCUUGUAUCGCGCACAUCAGUGCUGUCGCUUACAUCGCCAUUAGCACUUACAAAUGCUACCAUCUCCAGCCAGUCACUUGUGGACUCGGCACAUACUAUGACUUCUAUCAUAUACGCCUUUGAUGAUUCGGCCAUGGCGAAUACCAACUUAAACUCCAACUUGGAUAACAGUUAUCAGGCAAAUCGACAUACGGGCCGUGGUCAUGGUAACAAUAACCGCAUUCGACGCUCGUGGCUGCCGUAUCGACUUUCUAAGAUCCUUCUCACUGCAUGUCGAGGCCUCACUGCAUUAUUCAUGGGUUUCGGCGCUUGGAUCCACACCUCUUCCCGAAGUGGGAAUGGUAGUUUGUAUGGAUAUAUUGUGGGCUUACUGGCUGGUUUCAUCGGGUGGGUCGUUAUCGGCACCACUGAGGGAACAUUGAGCAUGAUUGUAGAUGCCGCUUUUAUUUGUUUUGCACUUGACAACCAUGGCUCCAAAGGUGGCCAUUGUGUCGAGGCAGACCGCCAGUUUGGCGGCCAUUAG